AUGUCACAAUCAACAACUGCACAAACAAUAACAGCACCUGAGACAACAACAACCUCUCUACCAAUACCAACAACAACACCUGCAACGACAACAUCUGCACCAACAACAUCUGCACUAACAACACUUACAACAACACCCACUACAACAUCUUCACUGACGGCACCUUCAACAACACUAGCAGCCCUCCCCUAUGAUCCCUGCUAUAACUACACUGUGCUGGAUGAUUUACGGAGAGCCACCGACAAUCAAUUACAAUCAUCAUAUUAUGCUCGAUACACCUCUAAAUUACUGUGUGACACUUAUGUCAGCUGGAGCGGCUGGUACCGUCUCUUCAUUCGGGGUCAGAGUGUUCAGAUGCCUGACACAUGUGUUGAUCAGUUAAGCUGUGGAACUCAUGCCCCCCUGUGGCUGAACGGUCAACACCCAAGAAUUGAGGAUGGGGUGGUGACCCGAAGUGUCUGCGGUCACUGGUGGGAUAACUGCUGUGGUUUCCAGUCGAAUCCUAUUAAAGUGAAAGCCUGCCCAGGAGGGUAUUAUGUCUAUGAGUUUGUCAGGCCAGUUAACUGCUUUUUGGCAUACUGUGCAGAUGUAAGGAACAUCAGCAUCAAUAAUCAUACUGUCACUCCAGAGCCGUCCUUGGCAGCACCAGCAAUAUUUUAUCCAUUCGGCUCAGCAGCAGGAGACACAAACAAUACUGCUGUUGAAGAUGGAAGCUCCUCUGUUAUUCAGCUGUUGAAUCCAUUUGCAUUCUUUGGCCGCACAUACCAGCAGAUUUAUGUUAAUAAUAAUGGAUACCUCACAUUUAACCAAGCUUCAAAUGAAUAUGUCCCCUACUCAUUCCCUGCUAGAAGAAGUCAAGAUGUAAUUGCUGGUCUCUGGACUGAUCUUGACAACCGUCAGAGAGGUGUAGUUUCAUAUCAUCAGUACACCAGCGGAAAUGUUCUCACACGUGCCACUCUGGAUAUAAACACACAUUUCCCAAACCUGAACUUCAUUGCCUCUUGGGUGUUUGUUGCAACGUGGGAUAAAGUCGCUUACUAUGCUUUGACCAGUACAGAAACAUCGUUUCAAGUUGUUUUGAUUUCAGGCAGUGAUUUUUCAUUUAUUCUGAUGAAUUAUGGUGACAUUGCUGUGACAGGACAUCCAGUGCAGGCUGGUUAUGACACGAUAAGCUCCACACACUACUUUGUGAUUCCUGAAUCAAUCAAUGGCAGCUUCAUCUCAAACCUCAGGAACUCCAGUAAUGUUAAUGUUCCCGGUCGAUGGGUCUUCAGGGUGGACAGUGGAUCAAUGUCAAACAAUGAGUACAUCACUGGACUUCAAGUAAAACUUACCUCAUUUUCUGACCUAUCAGAUACUGGAAACAUUCAGAUCGUUUUACAGCAAAUAAAACAGGAGCUGGUCAAGUACGGUCUGCCAAACAGCAUCGAGCUGAAAUUAAGAAAACUGCAAAAGAUAAAGCCGUAAUAUCAGUCUG